AUGGCGCGAUGCAUUUCUUGUGGUGCAAGAUCAUUAAAUGGAGUGAAGAUGUGCUGCUUUCCGAAAGACAAAGAGAGAAGAAAUCAGUGGACCAAAUGCCUAAAUAAGCCGAAUUGGACUCCAACAGAUCAUUCUGUUUUAUGUGAGAAACACUUCGCUCCUGUCAUGUGGGAGAAGACACGUGUUGAUGGAAAGAAAAAACUAAGAAGUACUGCUAUUCCAACGCUGUUUGAGGUACCAGAUGCACAGACUGUUGCAAGUUCUGAAGUUCAUACAGUACAAAUUGUAACAAGCUCAAGCGAAAGGAAAGAACCGGGCGUGUUUCUUGAAAACGAAGAAGAAUCUGUUGAGCAUAUUGUCGCAAUUAUUGACGCUGAGGAACAUAUCAAUACAUUGAAAUCAUCCUCGAAUAUAAUAAACGACGCCAUGAACAGUAUCGUACAUCAAUCUAUUGAAAUCGAAGAGUAGCAAAAUGUUUUAUAUGUACAAUCAUCAUAUGGAAAUGCUUCAAUUAAAAAGAUGAAACUUCAAGAAAUGACGAAAAAAUACGAAAAUGUUUGCAAUGAUUACCAACAGAUGAAAAGAAAACAGGAAAAUUUGGAAAAAUUGUAUCUGCAAGGUGAAAAUGUCAGGAAAAGGAUGAAACUAGAUCACAAGAAGGCAAUGAGAAAAUUGAAAACCAGAAUUGAAAUCCUUGAAACGGAAUCACUAAGUUCGAAGGACACUUGAAUAUUGGCUGAAAAAUAAUCGCAAUUAAUUUGAGGAAGGACACUACUACCUCAGACGCCUAAUGCGCCAAAAUGAGCUCGCUUGAGGCGAUUGGUUGGCCUUAGCUAUAGUUU